AUGGAACCAAAUCUAAAUUGCGCCGGGGUCAGAACAUUUACCCCAUUCAUAAUUUUUCACGAGUUUCAUGAACAAAAUAAUGAUGAAAAUUUAAUUGAAAUUCAAACGACUAAAAAGCGGAUCGAUGAGAUGCUAGCUUACAAUUCUUUAUACUGGCAAAGUAUACGGGAAGAUCAAUCCCUCAAUAAAGCUAUUUAUAGCCAGGAAUCUUCUCCAUUAAUUUCAACAAAACCUAAAAGGAGGCGCGGAAAUCUGCCGAAGACUACCACAGCAUUAUUAAAAAGCUGGUUGAUACAGCACAAAAAACAUCCGUACCCCACAGAAGAUGAAAAAAUAUCACUGGCUAGGGAUACGAAGUUAAGCCUACAGCAGAUUUCGAACUGGUUUAUAAAUGCCCGACGCCGCCACCUCCCCGGAUUAUUAAAAAUUAAUAAUCACGACCUCGACAUAUUUUCCUAUGAAGGGACUGAUGGUGGUGAUCACGAAUCCUCAGCUAGAAAGGGCCGCAAGCACUUUCAAAGAAAAGCAUAUUUACGUAGGAAAUAA